AAAAGGCAGCCGAGAAUGGAGGCUGAGAACGUGCGAGGGGACAAAAUGGCGGCGGGCGGGCGGCAGCCAGAGGGAGGCGGUUGGCCUCGCGCUGCUGCCGCGCCGAACGACCCCCUUGCCGCGCUAUUGGCUGGUGUCGACGGCGCCUGGCCAAUGGAGCCGCGGCGUGAGGGUCAGGUGGGCGGAGCGAGUGCAUUUAGUGAGCGCGGCGGCGGGCAGAGCCGGAGUUGGGCAGUCGCCGCCGUCGAGCUAACACUUACGCAGCACCGGAGUGAGGGAAGGCAGGCAGGACGGGCACGCACACCCAAACCCAACAUGACUGAGGAAGGAAAGUUAUUCAUCGGCGGCCUCAACUUCGAGACGGACGAGCAGGCGCUGGAGGAGGUGUUCUGCAAGUACGGGCAGAUCUCCGAGGUGCGCGUCAUCAAGGACCGGGACACCCACGCGUCCCGCGGCUUCGGCUUCAUCACCUUCGAGAACCCGGGUGAUGCCCGCGACGCCAUGCAAGCGAUGAACGGCAAGUCCCUGGAUGGCCGUCAGAUCCGGGUGGACCACGCCGAGAAGAAGUCGGGUGGGGGCGGCGGCUACGGCGGCGGAGGAAGGAGCUACGGCUACGGCCGCGGGCGAGGUGGCGGUGGCGGAUACGGCGGCCGGCAGUAUGACCAGAGGGACGGCUACUACCGCGGCGGCGACGGCUACUCCCGAGGCCGAGGCGGCAACAGUUAUGGAGGCCGCAACGCGUACCAAUGACCUGUGUGUGUGUGUGCGUGCGCACUAGGCCUUGUCCCGAGGCCCACUUCCUCCCCCUUAGUCAUUCCCUGAGGGAGAGGAGGAGCGGGUAGGCGGAGGGUUCCGUCCACCAGUCCCGUAUUAUCCCCGUUAGAUUAAGCCACUGCCCCGUCUCGCCGUGACGGGAGUGCCUCCGCCCCCCCACUCCUCUGCCCCCCCUCCCCCCCCCCCCUUUGUUCGUCGCGAAGUUUUAUGGUUUAAAAGAUCUUCCCAGUUUGGUAACUGAAAAGGCAUUUUUUUUUACUUUGAAUCAACUCGGAGGAAGCUGCUGGCGGGCGGUAGAUGUGGCGCCUCUGCAGCAUUGCAGCAGCCCGGCCUCUCCUGAGGGUGAAAAAUUCGUCGUUCUGAGAAGCAAAAACCCCGCUUUCCGAGGCGUGCGGACUCUUUAUUUUCCUUCGGGCAACUUGUUUUGAUGGAAAGCUGAAUACGCGUUUUGUACGAAACUUGUCUUUGCAAAAGUGAGAAAUUAAAAAAAAAGGAGAUUGAA